UGGAGAAACAGCAGUCAGAUCACAGAGAAGAGCAGAAGGAUGAAGUUCAACAGCACUUUGAGUGUUGCUGCAAUCACACUUCUCUACAUAACAGGUUCACUCUGCCAGUUAGAUGUAUGUGGUCGAGCCCCUCUCAAUAACAGGAUUGUUGGAGGGGAGGAUGCAACGGCAGGUGAUUGGCCGUGGCAGGUCAGCAUUCAUACUGUCAACGAUAACCAUUUCUGUGGCGGGACUCUCAUCACUAAAGACUGGGUUUUAUCUGCAGCUCACUGCUUCCAGGAGUACGAUUACCGUUACAUUAAGAUGUACUUCGGUCGUCUGAGUCAAUCUGACAAAAACCCUAAUGAGACAUCCGGACCUAUUAGAGCUAAACAAAUUAUCAACCAUUCUGACUUUGACAAUGUUACUUAUGACAAUGACAUAGCACUGAUCCAGCUCUCCUCCUCUGUGAAUUUCUCUGAUUACAUCAGGCCAGUCUGUCUGGCAGCGGCUGGAAGUGUAUUUGGUGCAGGUACGGAGAGUUGGGUCACUGGAUGGGGCAGACUACAACCUGAAGGCACCCAGUUUCCUGACAUACUGCAGGAGGUGAUGAUACCAGUUGUGAAUAACAGUGCCUGUGCUAAUGCUUAUAAAGGGAUCAGAAAUAUCACAAGCAAUAUGAUUUGUGCUGGAUUGUUAAAUCAGGGAGGAAAAGAUGCAUGUGAGGGAGACUCUGGAGGUCCAGUGGUCAGCAAGAACGGCUCCCUGUGGAUUCAGUCUGGCGUUGUGAGUUUUGGUGAAAAAUGUGCUGAGCCCAAAUAUCCUGGUGUGUUCACCAGAGUCUCUCAGUACCAGAACUGGAUCAAGUCUUACACGGGCAGCAACCCGCCUGGAUUUGUUCAAUUCAAUUCAACAUCCAGCUCCAACCUAAGAAGUGUACCAAGCUGGCAUAUCACUAUUUUUGUCAUUUAUUCUUUAUGUCUCUUUUUUUUUUAAAUGUAAUAUUCCUGAACAGCUCUCUUACUGAUAUUAUAAGAGCAAACACUAA